UUAACAGUAUUUUGCCAAGGGUAUCCUGAAAUUGUUUCUGGACCAAGUGAUCCCCUGAUUGCCCGUAGCGAAGACAAAGCUACCCUCAAUUGGACGCUUGAGUUGCCUCCCUCAGAGACGUGGAAUAGUAGCAUAUUUGAAGUGGUGUUUGGAAUCUGGAAAGAUCCAGGAUUCCUGAAAACAAAACUCUUGGUCAUCGAUAGACAUGGUGAGGUAUUGAUAAGACCAAACUAUGAGAAAAAAAUUAGCUGCGACUUCAACAUGUCCAAGCUUCAAGUUGCAUUCAUUCUCCAUGAUUUAACCAUGAAGGACGAGAAUCAUUACUGUCUUCAGGUUGAGCUUGGCCUUCAUCAGCCUCCUUUGACGGAUCCUGUGAUGCUUCUUCUUGAGGGUAAUAUAAUUGUUACAUUUCAUUUGUAAAGGAAUACCACAGACCCGGAAGCGGGGGUACUCAGGCAAAUAUGUUCUGGGUAUGUACCCCUGGGCUACUCAGAGCCCCUUGCCCAUACUCAUUCAGGGCCAAUUAUGGACCCAAUCUUAGCCACUCUUAAGUAUUUGUGAUGGCUUUCCUUCUUUGACAUUCACUUCUGAUUGAGAGAAACCUUACUCUCAGAUAUCUCAACAGAUUUUCCUAAGAUAACCAGUCCCAAACAGGAAAACUUUUCGGUGAACAUUGGGGAAAACUUGCGAAUAAACAGUCAAGCAAAGGGUCUUCCUGCACCAACCAUAACAUGGACGAAACAGGGGAGAAUUGUUGGUAAUGAUACAUUGGUUGUCAAUGGAGUAACGCCAAACGACAGCGGAGUCUACUUGUGCAGCGCUCACAACCAGGCUGGUGAAGAUCAUAAGGAGAUUGUGGUUACGGUUUUGGAGCAUAAUUAUGGAUCAAAAAAGCUAACAGGUUUUAACAAUUUGUUUGUCGAAAUAAAUACCCAUGAACUAGACUGCUAAUGCUUAUUCUUAUGUUGGUGACUGAAUUUUCAUUUCCAGAGCGUUUCCAUUGGCGCGUCCUGUGUUAAACGAUUUGAAAAUUACAAACACUCCCUCACUAGAAACCGAAUGGAAUCAUUACCUAUUCAAGGAGUUAGUUUCUCUGAUCUUUUUUAAGCUAAGGAUCUCUUUCGCACAAGUCAUGAUAUCGACUACAUCAAUGUCCCUGUAAUCUUAAGUAGUCCACGUUACUCUAACAAGGUCCCACAAUUUGAUACCUUCUCCUGAUAUCGAUCAUCGGUUCGAUUAGCUUAUUUAUACAUUAAAAAAAAAAGUUUUCAAUUUUCAAUUUUCUGAAUUGGCCAAGCCGCUCAUUCACAAGUUAAUUACAGACAGACUGAUAACCAAGGUGGCCUCCCCUGGCCUCUCCUCUAGUCUUUGAGGUCUCUUGUUGUUGAAUUUGUAUAAAUAUUACUUCUGAAGCUGCUCAGAAAUAAUGACGACGAUUAUAAUGAUAAUCAUCCUUCCUGCUAAAGUGCUUUCUAACUUUUUUCUAGUUCCUCAUAUGCCAACACAAACAUCACAUGAUAGAGGAAGUCCUGUGUGGUUAUUUCCAGUAGUCAUAGGUGUGUCAGUUUUUUUAAUAGCUGCAGUGGUUGUCUUUCGCUUGCGUGGGCACCGCUGCAAAAGGAACCUCGCUUAUGAGCAGCAUAUUGAUGAAAAAGCAUCAGCUGAGCACUUCACAACUGCCAAGAUCUAG